UAAUUCCUGAGGGGGAAAGUCAAGCCUUUGACUUGAACAGGGAGGAGGACCUUUGUGGAACUUCGCUGCCAGACGCAAAUUCUCCUGUAGAUGGCUCCGAGUUAAGGAGGUGUUACGCUUUCCCCCAAAAGCUGAAAACCCCCCACAGUUGACCCCUAACAGCGUCGUGACAGGUUUUGUGGCUCGUGAGCAGAGGUGAACUGUAGGGUUGUUGUUUAUAUGCAACAAUGGGGAGCUGGAAGAAUCACGUGCGAGCUCGGCUUCUGCACAGAGACGACAGAGAGAAACUUCCAUUUGUUGGCGUUUUCACCAGAUUGUCUCAGCUGGAGGAUCGACUUGAAAUUCGCAAACAGGUUUUGGAGGAUAUUCAAUUCAAAAGCUUGGAUCAAGUAGGAGUAGAGGUUGGAAUAGACGCCAAACUCCUUCAACUCCAGCUGAGAGAAAGUGAGCACCUGGCAGACAAGCUGUCUCAGACUGUCUCCGAUAUGACCUCUGUCUUGUAUGUGAAAGAAGCGGAGCUACAAUACUGGCAGUCGCGUGUGUCCCAAUACCGCCAAGAGGCACUCACUCUGGCUAAAGCCAAAAAGGCCUUGAGGACAAGCCUCUUAGAGUUUGAGUUCACCGUGGAGAGUCAGUCCAAGGAGCUGGCAGCCCUGCACUCUGAGCAGAACAAACUGAAGGAGGCCUUGGAGCAGGCCCAAAGAGACAAAGAGGAACUUGUGCAGCGAUGGAUGGAGGAAAAGAGUGCUGAAGCAGACCGACUGAAUAAACACAACGACAUAACGGAAAGGUUGCAACAUCUGGGCAAACAGCUAAAGAAGCACUUCCGCAGAGAGAGGGGAGCCCAGGUUACUACAGCGAAUACAGAUGCUAUGGAUGGUGCAAGAGAAACAUCCCAGUCGGCCAUUCAGAGAGUCCAUGAAACUGCAGGGGACGUUCGGAUAAAAACAGCAUCUCUCCAUCAGAAAAAGUCUGGUAUUGCCCUGGGAUCUUAGACAUCGUUCUGUUCACAUUUCUUGAUCUGUGUUUGUUUGUUUGAAAGCACCAAUGGAAAAAAAAAAUAGGACAAACAUGAUGUGGUAUUUUACUGUUUAAAAGAAAGUAUUUAAAUAUUAGCCAUGAGCUGUAAAAUGUAUUAGUUAAUCUAAAUGUGUUAUAUAUUCCAAUUAUGAGCAAAUAAGCUAAAUGUGUUUCAACAUGAUGAUAAAAAUAGUUGGGGAUAUAUAGUGAUAAUCACUGAAAAUGUUUUGUUCUUCUGAUCAGUGUCUAUUUUUAUUUUUAAAAAGCAUAACAUGAUUUUCUUCAUGUGGUUUGGUAACGUUUUUUUCGUUUGUUUGUUUUACUUUCUUAGGAUUUGAAAAGUCUUUGUAAUAAGAACUUUGACAGAAAAACUAAACCCAGUCCCAAAUUUAAAUUUGUUGUUAUAUUCUGAUGUUUUUAUUUGUAAGUAGUAAACAAAAUAAAGGAAAAACGUUC